ACAGGUAGGAUGUCCGUGGUAGCUGGAAGGCUGAGAGAUCCUGACAUAAAUCCUUGCUUGUUGGAAUCUGAUGCUUCCACCAGAUGUAUGGAUGAAAAUAACUAUGACAGAGAAAGGUGUUCCACUCACUUCUUGAAGUACAAAAACUGCCGGAAGUUCUGGAAUUCUAUCAUGAUCCAGAGAAGACGGGAUGGAGUGAAGCCAUCUAUGCCUACAGCAGCAGAGAGAGACAUAAUCUUGGGAGCAAUGGGCAAGAUGCCCUAUUGA